AUGGCGCCCGGGCCAGCUUUGCCAGUGGUCCUCCCGGGCCCCGUAGAACUUGUGCUCGCCAUCGCCGGAUACGCCCCGCCGCCGUCUCUGGCCACCCUCUCGCGCGCCAACAGCCUUUUCCGCGCCAUUGCAGAGGAAUGCUUGUACCCGCGCGUUGUUCUGGACCAGCACAACUUUACGCAAGGCUUCUGUUGGUGUCGCACGAUGAUGGCCAGCACCCGACUGGCGCUGAAGGUGCACUCGCUGGUGUUCGAUCUGCAUGUCAUGCUCGAGAGCGACGCGACGAAAGCGCUGCUGGCGGAGGAGCUGGUCAGGGCGCUCCGUGUGUGCAGGGACCUCACGCGACUCGAGGUUGGGUACAACUUCUGUGACAUACCGUCAACGUUGGGCGAGUUUCUGGGAGGCGGAUGCCCCCUCCGCUUGACGCACCUGCACCUUAACUCUUGGGAGCACAUCACAGACCUUGAUGCGGUAUGGAUAGAGCAAGCGGAGAUCACGUCCUUGGUCAUCCCGUGUUACGAGGAGCAUCCCGACUUGGGCGCCGUGAAUCUCCUCCCGCUCACACACAUCUACGCCCCGCUGAGAGCGAUCCUGCCGUCAGACAAAACCUCCUGGAGGCUGGUGCACGCCGUGGUAUCCACCAUUAUUCCGGAAGAGGACGAGGAUCCGGCCCUUCCAAGCUUUGUCAGCCUCGGGAGCUAUGCAGCCACGCUGACAGUCCUAGCGGUGGAGACACACGGUCCUCCGGGCCUCACCAUUUACGCGCUGCUCUGUCUUAUCGCGGACAGCCUCCCCAAUCUCACCACUCUCUCCUACGACGAGACAAUGGGCGACGGGGAGGAACGGGCGGACGGCGCCAUCUAG